CAAAUCGAGAGAGUUAAGAAUAGAUUUCUAUUGGCUGUCACACCAAUCUCGUGGAAUCACAUUUUUCAAUAGACCAUACGACAAACAAGUGUUUAUUUCGGAAUAGUUUUAUAAUUCCAAUAUACAAUAAAAAAUUUCCACCAGGAUGAUGUAAUCACGGGAAUGAAAAAUCACGUGUUGAGUGCAAGUGAAUUCAUAAUUGAUUUUGCAAUAAAAACGUUAUUGCCUCAGCACAGCUGUUUCGAGGGAAGUGAUAGAAUAUUCAAUUGCAAAGGUUAAUCAAACAAUAUAAAAAUCACAUGUAAAUUAAAAGACACGUCAUAAGGAGGACUAAAAUCUGUGAUAACAUGUGUAUAAACCCAUAAUAACAACAAUGGCGAUUAAAAUACCUGAAUUAUUUGUGUCCAGAGAAAGUUUCUGCACUGGAUUAUUAUUUUUCUUGUUCAUCACUUCAGUUUUACAGUUGUCACUAGCAGAACCAGAGGCAACAUCUGGAACUGGAAACAUAACAAUUGGGACUGAUUUGUCUCCAGCGAUUUCUUCAGUAAAUCCAAUCCCUUUGAAGAGUGAAGGAGCUGCACAAAAGGGUGAAAAAUGGUCCCCAAAUGCUUCCCCGAGUAUUCCACCUCCGGAAAAUUCAACGGAAAAACAGGAAAACAGAAAACAGGAGACUGCAACAGAUGGUAGACCUGGAAAAAACGUCCACAAUACGACGACAGAGAGAAGUGUAACUGUAAAUUCAAUUGAUCCUGUUUCAAUUCCAUCAGGAGAAGGUAGCAAUGCCACAAACAUCAGCACAACAACAGCACCACCAGUGGAGCCAAUACUCCCAGACAAAGGAUCAGCUGAAGAAGAGCACAACAGUUCAAUGUCGAUAUUCUUCGUCCUCUGCGUUCUUGCCCUGGGAAUUCUCCUGAUCCACUUGAUGCUGCAGACAAAUUUCCAGUAUCUCCCAGAAUCUGUGGUGAUAGUAUUCCUGGGUGGAGCAAUUGGUAUGAUAAUAAAUCUGAUGUCCCACAAGAACAUAGCAAACUGGAAGAAAGAAGAGGUUCUCUCACCCACAGCUUUCUUCCUCGUUCUCCUGCCACCAAUAAUCUUCGAAUCCGGAUACAACCUGCACAAGGGUAAUUUCUUCCAGAACAUCGGGAGCAUUCUGGUAUUCGCUAUAUUCGGUACAGCAAUAUCAGCAUUCGUCGUUGGAGCUGGAAUUUAUCUCUUGGGACUGGCGCAAGUCGCUUACAGACUGAGUUUCGUGGAGAGUUUUGCAUUUGGGUCUCUGAUCUCUGCAGUCGAUCCUGUGGCAACUGUUGCUAUUUUUCACGCACUGGAUGUUGAUCCUGUCCUGAACAUGUUGGUCUUUGGUGAAUCCAUCCUCAAUGAUGCCAUUGCUAUCGUCCUAACGACCUCAGUACUUGAAUCAAAUAAUGGUGCUACAACUGGUGAAGCUAUUAUCCUCGGUCUCAACAGAUUCUGCUUGAUGUUCUUCGCAUCCGCUGGAAUUGGCGUUGUGUUUGCGCUGAUAAGUGCUUUAUUACUGAAGCAUGUGGACUUGAGGAAGAAUCCGUCGUUGGAGUUUGGAAUUAUGCUGGUGUUCACUUAUGCACCUUAUGCACUUGCCGAGGGAAUUCAAUUGUCUGGAAUUAUGGCGAUUUUAUUUAAUGGAAUCGUCAUGUCACAUUAUACACAUUUUAAUUUAUCUACUGUCACGCAGAUUACUAUGCAGCAGACCAUGAGGACUCUGGCUUUUAUUGCUGAGACUUGUGUCUUUGCUUAUUUGGGAUUGGCCCUGUUCAGCUUCAGGCAUCGAUUCGAACCAGCUCUUGUCAUCUGGUCGAUUAUUCUGUGUCUCAUUGGCAGAGCUGCCAAUAUUUUUCCACUUGCACUUCUUGUCAAUCGGUUCAGGGAACAUCGGAUUACCAAGAAGAUGAUGUUCAUCAUGUGGUUCAGCGGACUCAGGGGAGCUAUUUCUUAUGCUUUGUCAUUGCAUUUGAAUUUCAGCGAUGAAACUAGACAUGUUAUUAUUACAACAACUCUUAUUAUUGUUUUGUUUACAACUUUGGUGUUUGGGGGGUCUACUAUGCCCCUUUUGAAAUUUUUGAGGGCUGAGAAGAAGCAGAAGAACAGCAGGAGAAAACGAAGGGACAAGGAAAUUUCACUCAGCAAAACUAGGGAGUGGGGACAAACAAUCGAUUCAGAACAUUUAUCAGAGUUCACAGAAGAGGAAAUGGAGGUGUCAUUCAUGCAGUCACGAAUUCGCGGAUUUGCUCGUUGGGAUCUCAAAUUUUUCAUUCCCUUUUUCACUCGGCGAUUUACCCAACAAGAAUUGAAAGACUGCAAAUCACAAAUGACGGAUUUGACGAAUCAGUGGUAUCAGGCUAUCAGGAUAAGUCCUAUGGAGUCUGAUGAGGAAACAACUACAGCAUCAACAGCACAUUUGACAAGUGCUGGUGCACCAGUCGAGCCGAGGAGUGAGAGUGAUUCAGGAAAAAAAGGACGUCCAAGUCAUGGACUUCUCGAGGAUUUUUCGGAUUUUUCGGAUUGAUAAUUGAUAGAGACCGACUGUUGGAGGAUAAACUGUUGGAGAGAUGCCAAAAAUUAUUCCCACAAUUAAAUUAUUUGUAAUUGCUCCCUCAAUUACUGUUAGCGAAUUGAACAGCGAAAUAUUGAGUACCAAACGGCUGGCCGGCGGGUAUUAAUUAAUUUAACAGCGCAAAAAUCUUCAAUUGAAAGAAUAUUUUUUCAAGGAGGUAAAUAUUUUCUACUUCAUCCAAGAUUUGUAUCUAAACAAUAGCCUAGAACAAUUAUCUCAGUUGUAUUAAAACCAUACGGUAUUGAUCAAUCGAAUGAUUAAAUUCCCAAUAAUUUUUAAUUAACUCUGAGUAAUUAAUUAAAAGGGAGUAGCGACAAUUGGUGUCUCAGGUAAAACCAAAGUAUUACUGAAGAAAUAAUUGAGUUGAUUUUAUUUAUUUAUCAUCUAGAACUUGAAGUAUUUUAUUUAUCCUAUACCAGAGCCUUUUUAAUGGGAAUAAUAUGAUAAUGUAUAUGGACAAUAAAGCUGAAUAGUUUAUACAAAUGAA